CGAAAUAAUCAGAAUUGGAGAAUACAAGCACUGGAGAAAAGUUGAGGAGAAGCAACAAUCGUCCAGAGUGAAAUGCGAGAGAGCCGAUGAUGGGGAUCACAACACUGCUUACACUUUUAGUGCUCCCAACUGCAAUUACUCUUACAACACAAGAUUUGGUGACACUACACGUGAGUCCCGAGGUUACUGCAGAGUGCGACGAGCAGGUUAAUCUAACCUGCCAUGUGUCACCUGUGGAUGGGCUGUCAAUCAAACAAAUGGUUUGGUCCCAAAACAAACCUUUAUGUUCUGUAAACAGUGAAGGAAAAAUCAUCAAAAACCCCAAUUAUACACUAAGUGGCUUUGAUUGUGAGUACAAAGAAGGACAACUGUCCCUUAUUUUUCAUAAAGUGCAGCCACUGGAGAUUGGACGUUACAUGUGCAAGCUGCACUCUGACAGGGGAGUUAAACAUGGAUCUACAGAUGUGAAGUUACAAGAGUGCAAUGUUACUGCUACAGGUGAUAUGACCAGUGACCGCCCUUCCUGCACAUUCAGUCAUGUUUACCCAGACGGUGAUGUACACUGGUUUCACGACUCUCGCAGGCUCUCAGGGACCAACACUACUAAACAAGUGGAGGACAGUGGUUACCUGACCAUCAGAAGUCACCUGGAGUUGAAAGGUUUGGAGGCGCCCUUCUACUGCUGCUUGAAGAGCACCAAAUCUGGCAGAUACAUUGCAGGCACUUUGGUGGUGAAUCGUCAGUCUAAAGUCAGGAGUGGAGCUGAGUCACAGGGAGCUUUGAGGACAAUUUUGUAUAUUACAAUCUCACUUCUUGCCUCACUGACAUAAUGUGUCCACAUCAUGGAUUGUGAUAAGACAUCAGUGAUGAUUUAUAUUCAUUAACUAUUAGGUACUGAGAUUUGAGUCCAGGGCCUCACUUCAGUUAAGUGAGUCAUCUUGCAUGGUCCAAUGGUUUAUUAUAUACUUCCUACUUCCUUUUAGCUUGAAAUGCAUAAGGAAAUUAUACACUGUGAUAACAAGGGAGCACACAAUCACUAUGCUGUAUAAACAUAUCAUUGUUAUUUUGCUUUGAUAGAGAGCCAUGGACCGGGGUAGGGUAUA